GUUAAAACUUCCUCAGAAAUGCCGUCAUCAAAAUGGGAGGCUCACAAUGUGGGCUUAGCCUGCAGCCAUGCCAUGAAAGGAUAUGCCUAUGGAGUGGCCAUCGCUUGUGGAAAGGACACGGAUGUCGGCAGGAUGGCGGAGCUGAGCUUUCAAAAACGUCCCACUACACGAGUGGCAAAGCAUCUACGACAGUUCAGCUACUAUAUGAUCCUGGUGGUAGUUGUGUGUAUAACCACGAUCUUCUACACCAUUUCGUUUAAUGCCGUCCAGAUGGGACUACAGGUGAGUCUGUCCCUGCUGCUGGCCUUAAUGCCACUUUUUUUGCCUCCGCUGCUGUGGUGGGGCCUGUGGUACACCAAGAAUCGAAUGUUGAAGAGGCAGUGCUUAGUGCAGAACCUGCAUACUGCCAGCACAGUGGGCCUCACCACGGUAAUCGUUAGCGAUAAUAUUGGGACAUUGACCCGCCGCCAGAUGCGCGUUACGGAGAUCUUCGUGAACAUGGUACUGGUGAGCAGCGACGAACCAAAUAUCGACGACAUGGGUGAUCCGUUCGAUGAACUGAUCAAGGCUUUGAUCCUUUGCAACGAUGCCUAUGUCACCCCGGGUCAGAUUGGAGUGCCCAAGCUCAAGAGACUGCUGUAUGGGAAUAUGUUCGACAUGACCCUGCUCAGAUACGGCAUGCAAUUCAUAUCGGAUAUCGAUAAGCUUCGUCGGGACUACGAAAAGGUGGCCAGCAAGCUAUACCCAGACUCGGAACGCCUGCACGUGACGGUGCACAAGGUGGUCGAUGAGGAUGGCCAGCCCAAGCUCAUUCUGCUGAUGAAGGGUCACUGCGACGUGGUACUUCGCCGCUGCUCCAGCAUCAUCGUUGACGACCAGGAGCUGCAGCUGGACACUGUGAUGUACGACAUCAUCUCCAAUUUGUCGGAUAGUCUCGUGGAGUCGGGACGUCAUGUCCGGGCAUUUGCCUAUAGGGACAUAGACCGGGAGGUGGAAGUCCGUCGCUUUUCACUAAUACACGGAGGUGCUAGGGAUACGGAUUCCAGGUACCGCGACUAUAUGGCUGUAGACACGUUCAACUUGAGAUUUUUGGGUAUGGUAGCCGCCCAUUAUCCACCAAGGAGUACCAUUAGAAACGCCGUCAGCAGGUGCCGCACGGCUGGCAUCAAAAUCGUCAUCGUCACCAGCCAGAGACCGGAAAAUGCCAAAGCCCUGGCCAUAGAUGUGGGAAUCCUUGGCGAGACGAUGUCCGUUUUCCACAGCGAUCCGCGAAUGACCAUAAUAGAUACCAGUACAGAUAUAGUGGACAUGAUGGAAUUUGUGGGACUCAAGCCCAACCACCAGAAGUGGCAGAUGGAGCAGCUGCUCCUCAGCCAGCGGGACUUGGUGUGUGCCAACUGCACCGUGGAUCAGCAUUACAUGAUUGUGGAUGCCUGCAACCGAAUGGGCGCUGUGGUCUCCGUAAUCGGUUACAGUCUCCAUCACACUCCGGUGCUGCAAAGGGCAAAUGUGGGCGUGGCCAAGUUUGGAGGAGCCAUCACCUGCGAUGCUGGGGCCGAUGCCAUCCUGAGGGACGGCUCCUUCGCCAGCUUGGUCGGUGUCAUCUCCCUGAGUCGCCUGCUGUUCGAGAACAUGAAGAAGGCAAUGGCCUACAGUCUUUCUACCAAUAUGACCUUCCUUUUGGUCCACUUUAGCUUUUUUCUGAUCAAGCUGCCCUUUUGGAUUCGCGUCAUGUCCGUCUUUAUUAUACAAUUUAUUGUGAAUUUGAUCCCGGCCGCUUCCCUCAUUCUGGAGUAUGCUGAAGAGCAUCUGAUGAUGCAAAAGCCCAAGGUCUACGAUGACUAUUUAGUCAAUAGACGACUACUAUUUGUAACACAUAUUUUGGUGGGACCUAUUGAAGCCGCAGCUGUUUUUAUCCUGUACUUUAAAUACAUGGCCCAUCGGGGAUUCAUACCCAAGUCGUUAUACGGCCUAAACUACAGGUGGUAUGACCCGAGUGUGGAUGAUAUCAUCGAUACUUAUGGCCAGGAAUGGAAUUAUGCCAGUCGCAUGAAGCUUGACAAUCAAGUGGGUAUCGUAGUCCUGACGUGCCUCAUCAUGAUGCAAUCCUUCAAUCUAUUGCUGUCCAAGACAGCUCGUGCCAAUGUACUGACACAUGGCUUCGACAACAUGGCGUUAAAUGUGGCCUUCUUGUUCCUCAUAGGACUCAUCAUCUUUUUUAAUACCGUGGAACUACCUGAUUUCUUUUGUUUGGCACAGAUCGAUAGUUGGCUCAUGUUCUUCUUUUGGACCAUCUGGCCGUUUGCUACUUUAUUGAUUGUGAUUGAGGCUUCUCGCCGAUACUUUUUAAGGAUGUUUCCGGAGAGUUGGCUGGCAACUUUGACGAACUACUGAGUAAAGGACUUUUGCUAAAAUGUGUGACUUUAGCCGUAAACUUUUUAUAAUCCAUACCUCUGACAUUGUGUGGCUCGUAAAGCCCUGGUUAGGAAUAAAAAAUCUCAGCACUCCUGAAAAUAAUAGUGAUAUUCAGUCUGCGGAGAGUGCAUAUUCCUAUGAUUUUUUUAUGCCGCCAUAAA